CCGCGCGCCGAGCCCAGACCCGCGACCGGACGCGCCGGGCCCGCCGGCCCGCACCGCCCGGCGCCGCGAUGUGCGACUGUUUCCACGUGGUGCUGCCCUCCUGGCCCGGAGCCCCCGGCAGCGUGUCUGGCCGGCAGCUGCAGCCCGAGGAGCCAGAUGCAGAAACGGAAGAGGACCAGUCUGUGACGGAAGGACCCGUGGACGAGAUAAUUCGGCCACGCCCACAGGGGUCCUCACCUGUGUAUGAAUACACCGCUGAGGGUGCCAGCUUUGGACUCCCGGACACACCGAGCAGGCGGGCUUCCUCGGGCUCUGGAGGACGGAGAUCCUGGUGGAAGCGAGACUCAGGGGACUCACGGACGUUCUCCAGGAUGAGUCGUAGGCAGGAGGCAACAGAGGUGACGCUACAGACCGAGGUGGAAGCUGGGGCCAGCGGCUACAGCGUCACAGGUGGCGGGGACCAGGGCAUUUUUGUUAAGCAAGUGCUGAAGGACUCCUCAGCUGCCAAGCUCUUCAGCCUAAGAGAAGGCGAUCAGCUGCUCAGCGCGACCAUAUUCUUUGACAACAUUAAAUAUGAAGACGCUCUCAAAAUUCUUCAGUACUCAGAGCCCUACAAGGUUCAGUUCCAAAUCAAACGGAAACAUCCUGCCGCAGAGGACGAGGAAGGGGCCUCGAGCGGGGCUCAGCUUGGCCCGGAGGGCAGCGAGGGGCAGGACAAAGAUGUCGCCGAUGGGUGCAGAGAGACCCCCCCGCAGACCCUGGAGGGGAGCGGAGACCGGGAGAGACUGCUCGCCAAGCCCAGGGAGGGCAGAGGCAGGCGGCCCCAGAAGGAGAGGCUCUCCUGGCCCAAAUUCCAAUCAAUAACGAGCAAGCGCAGGCCAGGCCCGCGGAGGUCACACAGCUCCUCCGAGGCCUAUGGGCGGGGAGGUGCCCCGGACGUGUCCCCCACAAGCACAGACACGGAGGCACAGCUGCCAGCAGAGGUGCAGGAGCAGAAGGCAGGCCCCGACGACCAGCGGAGGAGGAGCUUCCUGAACCUGAGAUUCAGGGUGCGAUCAGGGAAGGCUCCCAUGCUGGAGGGGCGACCAGGCAUGGCGGGCCAAGGCAGACCACUCGCGGCCAGUGCUGUGGAGGAGGCCGGAUCCCACGAGGACAGCCAAAAGGCCAGUGAGCCCACCAUGGACAGCAGGAGAGAGGACAGGACGGCAGAGGUGCCAGAGGGGCCAUUGGCUCUGCCCAGCCAGGGAGCCCUGGGGGAAGGGCCGAGCGUGGCAUCCAGGCCCUGGAGGAAGACAAAGGAGGCGAAGGACCAGGAGGAUGCUGUGUCAGAAGGAAGGCCGGGGCCGGGCUCAGCCCCACGACAAGGUGGGGAAGGCUAUGCCAUAGAAAUUGGGAUUGCCAGAUCAGCUCUGCAGGGCAAAGGGGACACACAGGGCCGUCAACCAGAAUUCCAAAUCCGAAUCCCCACCACCUUAAAAACACCACGGUUUAAAUUUGCCAAAGAAACAAUACAAGAGACAGAGGAUGCCAUAGCAGUGCAGGGACAGGUGCACGGGGAGUCAGGGACCCUGGCAGAGAAGGCCCACUUCACAGAGGAGGGGCGGCAGGAACCCGAGGCACCUGCACCCAGGAGACCGUCGGUACACCUGCUGGAACGAGAGGCAGAGGCUGAGGGAGCCGAAGCAGCUCACGGGGAGGGACACCAGAAGGAAGGAGAAAAGGAAAGAGAUGGGAAGGAGGACCGGACUACAGCACUCAGGUUCAAAAUUCCCACUUUUGGGUGGUCACCCAGAAAGGAUGGGAAACCAGCAGGAGAAAAACAAGAGCUGGACCUGGACGAAAAAGGAAGAAGCACCACUACAAUGUCCACGCUGCACACUGAGGAAGGAGCAAAACGGAGAGAGGGUGAGGAAAGAAAACCUGACACCCCAGGGAGACACCCAAGAGUGGCGGAGGACCUAACAUCCGAGGGCCAAAGGAAGCAGGCCGACCUGUCCCUGGGAGACAAGGGGGUGGCCGCCAGAGACAGCAAGUUCAAAAUGCCAAAGUUCAAGAUGCCGUCCUUUGGCGCGUCGACGCCGAGCAAGUCCUUGGAGGCGUCCGUGGACGUGUCCGUGCCCAAGAUGCAGGCCGAAGUGUCCGUGCCCUCCAUAGAGGCCGACGUCAAGACCACGGAUGUGACCGUUGAGCUCCCACCUGCCGACCUAGAGCUCACAACCCCCGCGGCGGGCCUGAAGCUCCCUGAGGGCCAAGUGCCCGAGGGGGAGCCCCAGGAGCCCUCGGCCGCAGCCGGACUCAAGGGCCACCUGCCCAAGGUACAGAUGCCCAGCCUCAAGAUGCCCAAAGUGGACAUCAAGGCGCCGCAGGUGGACAUCAAGGCGCCCAAACUGGACCUGAAGGGCCCCAAAGCCGAGGUGAGCGCCCCCGACGUGGAAGUGUCCCUGCCCAGCGUGGAGGUGGACACCCAGGUGCCCGGCGCCAAGCUGGAGGCCGACCUGUCCCUGGGAGACAAGGGGGUGGCCGCCAGAGACAGCAAGUUCAAAAUGCCAAAGUUCAAGAUGCCGUCCUUUGGCGCGUCGACGCCGAGCAAGGAUUUGGGAACUUCCGUGGACGUGUCCGUGCCCAAGGUCGGAGUGGAGGCCACCCUGCCCUCCGUGGGAGGGGAGAUGCGAGCUCCCGAGGCUGCCGUCCAACUGCCCACUGCCGACGUGGACCUCCCUGGGGGAGAGCUGGAGGUGUCCCUGCCCGAGGGAGAGGUGUCUGUGUCCGGGCUCAAGGGCAAAGCAGAAGGAGUCAAGAUCAAGGGACAGCUGCCCAAGGUCCACAUGCCCAGCCUCAAGAUGCCCAAAGUGGACAUCACGGCCCCGCAGGUGGACAUCAAGGCGCCCCAGGUGGACAUCAAGGCGCCCAAACUGGACCUGAAGGGCCCCAAAGCCGAGGUGAGCGCCCCCGACGUGGAAGUGUCCCUGCCCAGCGUGGAGGUGGACACCCAGGUGCCCGGCGCCAAGCUGGAGGCCGACCUGUCCCUGGGAGACAAGGGGGUGGCCGCCAGAGACAGCAAGUUCAAAAUGCCAAAGUUCAAGAUGCCGUCCUUUGGCGCGUCGACGCCGAGCAAGUCCUUGGAGGCGUCCGUGGACGUGUCCGUGCCCAAGAUGCAGGCCGAAGUGUCCGUGCCCUCCAUAGAGGCCGACGUCAAGACCACGGAUGUGACCGUUGAGCUCCCACCUGCCGACCUAGAGCUCACAACCCCCGCGGCGGGCCUGAAGCUCCCUGAGGGCCAAGUGCCCGAGGGGGAGCCCCAGGAGCCCUCGGCCGCAGCCGGACUCAAGGGCCACCUGCCCAAGGUACAGAUGCCCAGCCUCAAGAUGCCCAAAGUGGACAUCAAGGCGCCCCAGGUGGACAUCAAGGCGCCCAAACUGGACCUGAAGGGCUCCAAAGCCGAGGUGAGCGCCCCCGACGUGGAAGUGUCCCUGCCCAGCGUGGAGGUGGACACCCAGGUGCCCGGCGCCAAGCUGGAGGCCGACCUGUCCCUGGGAGACAAGGGGGUGGCCGCCAGAGACAGCAAGUUCAAAAUGCCAAAGUUCAAGAUGCCGUCCUUUGGCGCGUCGACGCCGAGCAAGGAUUUGGGAACUUCCGUGGACGUGUCCGUGCCCAAGGUCGGAGUGGAGGCCACCCUGCCCUCCGUGGGAGGGGAGAUGCGAGCUCCCGAGGCUGCCGUCCAACUGCCCACUGCCGACGUGGACCUCCCUGGGGGAGAGCUGGAGGUGUCCCUGCCCGAGGGAGAGGUGUCUGUGUCCGGGCUCAAGGGCAAAGCAGAAGGAGUCAAGAUCAAGGGACAGCUGCCCAAGGUCCACAUGCCCAGCCUCAAGAUGCCCAAAGUGGACAUCACGGCCCCGCAGGUGGACAUCAAGGCGCCCCAGGUGGACAUCAAGGCGCCCAAACUGGACCUGAAGGGCCCCAAAGCCGAGGUGAGCGCCCCCGACGUGGAAGUGUCCCUGCCCAGCGUGGAGGUGGACACCCAGGUGCCCGGCGCCAAGCUGGAGGCCGACCUGUCCCUGGGAGACAAGGGGGUGGCCGCCAGAGACAGCAAGUUCAAAAUGCCAAAGUUCAAGAUGCCGUCCUUUGGCGCGUCGACGCCGAGCAAGUCCUUGGAGGCGUCCGUGGACGUGUCCGUGCCCAAGAUGCAGGCCGAAGUGUCCGUGCCCUCCAUAGAGGCCGACGUCAAGACCACGGAUGUGACCGUUGAGCUCCCACCUGCCGACCUAGAGCUCACAACCCCCGCGGCGGGCCUGAAGCUCCCUGAGGGCCAAGUGCCCGAGGGGGAGCCCCAGGAGCCCUCGGCCGCAGCCGGACUCAAGGGCCACCUGCCCAAGGUACAGAUGCCCAGCCUCAAGAUGCCCAAAGUGGACAUCAAGGCGCCCCAGGUGGACAUCAAGGCGCCCAAACUGGACCUGAAGGGCUCCAAAGCCGAGGUGAGCGCCCCCGACGUGGAAGUGUCCCUGCCCAGCGUGGAGGUGGACACCCAGGUGCCCGGCGCCAAGCUGGAGGCCGACCUGUCCCUGGGAGACAAGGGGGUGGCCGCCAGAGACAGCAAGUUCAAAAUGCCAAAGUUCAAGAUGCCGUCCUUUGGCGCGUCGACGCCGAGCAAGGAUUUGGGAACUUCCGUGGACGUGUCCGUGCCCAAGGUCGGAGUGGAGGCCACCCUGCCCUCCGUGGGAGGGGAGAUGCGAGCUCCCGAGGCUGCCGUCCAACUGCCCACUGCCGACGUGGACCUCCCUGGGGGAGAGCUGGAGGUGUCCCUGCCCGAGGGAGAGGUGUCUGUGUCCGGGCUCAAGGGCAAAGCAGAAGGAGUCAAGAUCAAGGGACAGCUGCCCAAGGUCCACAUGCCCAGCCUCAAGAUGCCCAAAGUGGACAUCACGGCCCCGCAGGUGGACAUCAAGGCGCCCCAGGUGGACAUCAAGGCGCCCAAACUGGACCUGAAGGGCCCCAAAGCCGAGGUGAGCGCCCCCGACGUGGAAGUGUCCCUGCCCAGCGUGGAGGUGGACACCCAGGUGCCCGGCGCCAAGCUGGAGGCCGACCUGUCCCUGGGAGACAAGGGGGUGGCCGCCAGAGACAGCAAGUUCAAAAUGCCAAAGUUCAAGAUGCCGUCCUUUGGCGCGUCGACGCCGAGCAAGUCCUUGGAGGCGUCCGUGGACGUGUCCGUGCCCAAGAUGCAGGCCGAAGUGUCCGUGCCCUCCAUAGAGGCCGACGUCAAGACCACGGAUGUGACCGUUGAGCUCCCACCUGCCGACCUAGAGCUCACAACCCCCGCGGCGGGCCUGAAGCUCCCUGAGGGCCAAGUGCCCGAGGGGGAGCCCCAGGAGCCCUCGGCCGCAGCCGGACUCAAGGGCCACCUGCCCAAGGUACAGAUGCCCAGCCUCAAGAUGCCCAAAGUGGACAUCAAGGCGCCGCAGGUGGACAUCAAGGCGCCCAAACUGGACCUGAAGGGCCCCAAAGCCGAGGUGAGCGCCCCCGACGUGGAAGUGUCCCUGCCCAGCGUGGAGGUGGACACCCAGGUGCCCGGCGCCAAGCUGGAGGCCGACCUGUCCCUGGGAGACAAGGGGGUGGCCGCCAGAGACAGCAAGUUCAAAAUGCCAAAGUUCAAGAUGCCGUCCUUUGGCGCGUCGACGCCGAGCAAGGAUUUGGGAACUUCCGUGGACGUGUCCGUGCCCAAGGUCGGAGUGGAGGCCACCCUGCCCUCCGUGGGAGGGGAGAUGCGAGCUCCCGAGGCUGCCGUCCAACUGCCCACUGCCGACGUGGACCUCCCUGGGGGAGAGCUGGAGGUGUCCCUGCCCGAGGGAGAGGUGUCUGUGUCCGGGCUCAAGGGCAAAGCAGAAGGAGUCAAGAUCAAGGGAGAGCUGCCCAAGGUCCACAUUCCCAGCCUCAAGAUGCCCAAAGUGGACAUCACGGCCCCGCAGGUGGACAUCAAGGCGCCCCAGGUGGACAUCAAGGCGCCCAAACUGGACCUGAAAGGCCCCAAAGCCGAGGUGAGCGCCCCCGACGUGGAAGUGUCCCUGCCCAGCGUGGAGGUGGACACCCAGGUGCCCGGCGCCAAGCUGGAGGCCGACCUGUCCCUGGGAGACAAGGGGGUGGCCGCCAGAGACAGCAAGUUCAAAAUGCCAAAGUUCAAGAUGCCGUCCUUUGGCGCGUCGACGCCGAGCAAGUCCUUGGAGGCGUCCGUGGACGUGUCCGUGCCCAAGAUGCAGGCCGAAGUGUCCGUGCCCUCCAUAGAGGCCGACGUCAAGACCACGGAUGUGACCGUUGAGCUCCCACCUGCCGACCUAGAGCUCACAACCCCCGCGGCGGGCCUGAAGCUCCCUGAGGGCCAAGUGCCCGAGGGGGAGCCCCAGGAGCCCUCGGCCGCAGCCGGACUCAAGGGCCACCUGCCCAAGGUACAGAUGCCCAGCCUCAAGAUGCCCAAAGUGGACAUCAAGGCGCCGCAGGUGGACAUCAAGGCGCCCAAACUGGACCUGAAGGGCCCCAAAGCCGAGGUGAGCGCCCCCGACGUGGAAGUGUCCCUGCCCAGCGUGGAGGUGGACACCCAGGUGCCCGGCGCCAAGCUGGAGGCCGACCUGUCCCUGGGAGACAAGGGGGUGGCCGCCAGAGACAGCAAGUUCAAAAUGCCAAAGUUCAAGAUGCCGUCCUUUGGCGCGUCGACGCCGAGCAAGGAUUUGGGAACUUCCGUGGACGUGUCCGUGCCCAAGGUCGGAGUGGAGGCCACCCUGCCCUCCGUGGGAGGGGAGAUGCGAGCUCCCGAGGCUGCCGUCCAACUGCCCACUGCCGACGUGGACCUCCCUGGGGGAGAGCUGGAGGUGUCCCUGCCCGAGGGAGAGGUGUCUGUGUCCGGGCUCAAGGGCAAAGCAGAAGGAGUCAAGAUCAAGGGACAGCUGCCCAAGGUCCACAUGCCCAGCCUCAAGAUGCCCAAAGUGGACAUCACGGCCCCGCAGGUGGACAUCAAGGCGCCCCAGGUGGACAUCAAGGCGCCCAAACUGGACCUGAAGGGCCCCAAAGCCGAGGUGAGCGCCCCCGACGUGGAAGUGUCCCUGCCCAGCGUGGAGGUGGACACCCAGGUGCCCGGCGCCAAGCUGGAGGCCGACCUGUCCCUGGGAGACAAGGGGGUGGCCGCCAGAGACAGCAAGUUCAAAAUGCCAAAGUUCAAGAUGCCGUCCUUUGGCGCGUCGACGCCGAGCAAGUCCUUGGAGGCGUCCGUGGACGUGUCCGUGCCCAAGAUGCAGGCCGAAGUGUCCGUGCCCUCCAUAGAGGCCGACGUCAAGACCACGGAUGUGACCGUUGAGCUCCCACCUGCCGACCUAGAGCUCACAACCCCCGCGGCGGGCCUGAAGCUCCCUGAGGGCCAAGUGCCCGAGGGGGAGCCCCAGGAGCCCUCGGCCGCAGCCGGACUCAAGGGCCACCUGCCCAAGGUACAGAUGCCCAGCCUCAAGAUGCCCAAAGUGGACAUCAAGGCGCCGCAGGUGGACAUCAAGGCGCCCAAACUGGACCUGAAGGGCCCCAAAGCCGAGGUGAGCGCCCCCGACGUGGAAGUGUCCCUGCCCAGCGUGGAGGUGGACACCCAGGUGCCCGGCGCCAAGCUGGAGGCCGACCUGUCCCUGGGAGACAAGGGGGUGGCCGCCAGAGACAGCAAGUUCAAAAUGCCAAAGUUCAAGAUGCCGUCCUUUGGCGCGUCGACGCCGAGCAAGGAUUUGGGAACUUCCGUGGACGUGUCCGUGCCCAAGGUCGGAGUGGAGGCCACCCUGCCCUCCGUGGGAGGGGAGAUGCGAGCUCCCGAGGCUGCCGUCCAACUGCCCACUGCCGACGUGGACCUCCCUGGGGGAGAGCUGGAGGUGUCCCUGCCCGAGGGAGAGGUGUCUGUGUCCGGGCUCAAGGGCAAAGCAGAAGGAGUCAAGAUCAAGGGACAGCUGCCCAAGGUCCACAUGCCCAGCCUCAAGAUGCCCAAAGUGGACAUCACGGCCCCGCAGGUGGACAUCAAGGCGCCCCAGGUGGACAUCAAGGCGCCCAAACUGGACCUGAAGGGCCCCAAAGCCGAGGUGAGCGCCCCCGACGUGGAAGUGUCCCUGCCCAGCGUGGAGGUGGACACUCAGGUGCCCGGCGCCAAGCCGGAGGCCGACCUGUCCCUGGGAGACAAGGGGGUGGCCGCCAGAGACAGCAAGUUCAAAAUGCCAAAGUUCAAGAUGCCGUCCUUUGGCGCGUCGACGCCGAGCAAGUCCUUGGAGGCGUCCGUGGACGUGUCCGUGCCCAAGAUGCAGGCCGAAGUGUCCGUGCCCUCCAUAGAGGCCGACGUCAAGACCACGGAUGUGACCGUUGAGCUCCCACCUGCCGACCUAGAGCUCACAACCCCCGCGGCGGGCCUGAAGCUCCCUGAGGGCCAAGUGCCCGAGGGGGAGCCCCAGGAGCCCUCGGCCGCAGCCGGACUCAAGGGCCACCUGCCCAAGGUACAGAUGCCCAGCCUCAAGAUGCCCAAAGUGGACAUCAAGGCGCCCCAGGUGGACAUCAAGGCGCCCAAACUGGACCUGAAGGGCCCCAAAGCCGAGGUGAGCGCCCCCGACGUGGAAGUGUCCCUGCCCAGCGUGGAGGUGGACACCCAGGUGCCCGGCGCCAAGCUGGAGGCCGACCUGUCCCUGGGAGACAAGGGGGUGGCCGCCAGAGACAGCAAGUUCAAAAUGCCAAAGUUCAAGAUGCCGUCCUUUGGCGCGUCGACGCCGAGCAAGUCCUUGGAGGCGUCCGUGGACGUGUCCGUGCCCAAGAUGCAGGCCGAAGUGUCCGUGCCCUCCAUAGAGGCCGACGUCAAGACCACGGAUGUGACCGUUGAGCUCCCACCUGCCGACCUAGAGCUCACAACCCCCGCGGCGGGCCUGAAGCUCCCUGAGGGCCAAGUGCCCGAGGGGGAGCCCCAGGAGCCCUCGGCCGCAGCCGGACUCAAGGGCCACCUGCCCAAGGUACAGAUGCCCAGCCUCAAGAUGCCCAAAGUGGACAUCAAGGCGCCCCAGGUGGACAUCAAGGCGCCCAAACUGGACCUGAAGGGCUCCAAAGCCGAGGUGAGCGCCCCCGACGUGGAAGUGUCCCUGCCCAGCGUGGAGGUGGACACCCAGGUGCCCGGCGCCAAGCUGGAGGCCGACCUGUCCCUGGGAGACAAGGGGGUGGCCGCCAGAGACAGCAAGUUCAAAAUGCCAAAGUUCAAGAUGCCGUCCUUUGGCGCGUCGACGCCGAGCAAGGAUUUGGGAACUUCCGUGGACGUGUCCGUGCCCAAGGUCGGAGUGGAGGCCACCCUGCCCUCCGUGGGAGGGGAGAUGCGAGCUCCCGAGGCUGCCGUCCAACUGCCCACUGCCGACGUGGACCUCCCUGGGGGAGAGCUGGAGGUGUCCCUGCCCGAGGGAGAGGUGUCUGUGUCCGGGCUCAAGGGCAAAGCAGAAGGAGUCAAGAUCAAGGGACAGCUGCCCAAGGUCCACAUGCCCAGCCUCAAGAUGCCCAAAGUGGACAUCACGGCCCCGCAGGUGGACAUCAAGGCGCCCCAGGUGGACAUCAAGGCGCCCAAACUGGACCUGAAGGGCCCCAAAGCCGAGGUGAGCGCCCCCGACGUGGAAGUGUCCCUGCCCAGCGUGGAGGUGGACACCCAGGUGCCCGGCGCCAAGCUGGAGGCCGACCUGUCCCUGGGAGACAAGGGGGUGGCCGCCAGAGACAGCAAGUUCAAAAUGCCAAAGUUCAAGAUGCCGUCCUUUGGCGCGUCGACGCCGAGCAAGUCCUUGGAGGCGUCCGUGGACGUGUCCGUGCCCAAGAUGCAGGCCGAAGUGUCCGUGCCCUCCAUAGAGGCCGACGUCAAGACCACGGAUGUGACCGUUGAGCUCCCACCUGCCGACCUAGAGCUCACAACCCCCGCGGCGGGCCUGAAGCUCCCUGAGGGCCAAGUGCCCGAGGGGGAGCCCCAGGAGCCCUCGGCCGCAGCCGGACUCAAGGGCCACCUGCCCAAGGUACAGAUGCCCAGCCUCAAGAUGCCCAAAGUGGACAUCAAGGCGCCCCAGGUGGACAUCAAGGCGCCCAAACUGGACCUGAAGGGCCCCAAAGCCGAGGUGAGCGCCCCCGACGUGGAAGUGUCCCUGCCCAGCGUGGAGGUGGACACCCAGGUGCCCGGCGCCAAGCUGGAGGCCGACCUGUCCCUGGGAGACAAGGGGGUGGCCGCCAGAGACAGCAAGUUCAAAAUGCCAAAGUUCAAGAUGCCGUCCUUUGGCGCGUCGACGCCGAGCAAGGAUUUGGGAACUUCCGUGGACGUGUCCGUGCCCAAGGUCGGAGUGGAGGCCACCCUGCCCUCCGUGGGAGGGGAGAUGCGAGCUCCCGAGGCUGCCGUCCAACUGCCCACUGCCGACGUGGACCUCCCUGGGGGAGAGCUGGAGGUGUCCCUGCCCGAGGGAGAGGUGUCUGUGUCCGGGCUCAAGGGCAAAGCAGAAGGAGUCAAGAUCAAGGGACAGCUGCCCAAGGUCCACAUGCCCAGCCUCAAGAUGCCCAAAGUGGACAUCACGGCCCCGCAGGUGGACAUCAAGGCGCCCCAGGUGGACAUCAAGGCGCCCAAACUGGACCUGAAGGGCCCCAAAGCCGAGGUGAGCGCCCCCGACGUGGAAGUGUCCCUGCCCAGCGUGGAGGUGGACACCCAGGUGCCCGGCGCCAAGCUGGAGGCCGACCUGUCCCUGGGAGACAAGGGGGUGGCCGCCAGAGACAGCAAGUUCAAAAUGCCAAAGUUCAAGAUGCCGUCCUUUGGCGCGUCGACGCCGAGCAAGGAUUUGGGAACUUCCGUGGACGUGUCCGUGCCCAAGGUCGGAGUGGAGGCCACCCUGCCCUCCGUGGGAGGGGAGAUGCGAGCUCCCGAGGCUGCCGUCCAACUGCCCACUGCCGACGUGGACCUCCCUGGGGGAGAGCUGGAGGUGUCCCUGCCCGAGGGAGAGGUGUCUGUGUCCGGGCUCAAGGGCAAAGCAGAAGGAGUCAAGAUCAAGGGACAGCUGCCCAAGGUCCACAUGCCCAGCCUCAAGAUGCCCAAAGUGGACAUCACGGCCCCGCAGGUGGACAUCAAGGCGCCCCAGGUGGACAUCAAGGCGCCCAAACUGGACCUGAAGGGCCCCAAAGCCGAGGUGAGCGCCCCCGACGUGGAAGUGUCCCUGCCCAGCGUGGAGGUGGACACCCAGGUGCCCGGCGCCAAGCUGGAGGCCGACCUGUCCCUGGGAGACAAGGGGGUGGCCGCCAGAGACAGCAAGUUCAAAAUGCCAAAGUUCAAGAUGCCGUCCUUUGGCGCGUCGACGCCGAGCAAGUCCUUGGAGGCGUCCGUGGACGUGUCCGUGCCCAAGAUGCAGGCCGAAGUGUCCGUGCCCUCCAUAGAGGCCGACGUCAAGACCACGGAUGUGACCGUUGAGCUCCCACCUGCCGACCUAGAGCUCACAACCCCCGCGGCGGGCCUGAAGCUCCCUGAGGGCCAAGUGCCCGAGGGGGAGCCCCAGGAGCCCUCGGCCGCAGCCGGACUCAAGGGCCACCUGCCCAAGGUACAGAUGCCCAGCCUCAAGAUGCCCAAAGUGGACAUCAAGGCGCCCCAGGUGGACAUCAAGGCGCCCAAACUGGACCUGAAGGGCCCCAAAGCCGAGGUGAGCGCCCCCGACGUGGAAGUGUCCCUGCCCAGCGUGGAGGUGGACACCCAGGUGCCCGGCGCCAAGCUGGAGGCCGACCUGUCCCUGGGAGACAAGGGGGUGGCCGCCAGAGACAGCAAGUUCAAAAUGCCAAAGUUCAAGAUGCCGUCCUUUGGCGCGUCGACGCCGAGCAAGGAUUUGGGAACUUCCGUGGACGUGUCCGUGCCCAAGGUCGGAGUGGAGGCCACCCUGCCCUCCGUGGGAGGGGAGAUGCGAGCUCCCGAGGCUGCCGUCCAACUGCCCACUGCCGACGUGGACCUCCCUGGGGGAGAGCUGGAGGUGUCCCUGCCCGAGGGAGAGGUGUCUGUGUCUGGGCUCAAGGGCAAAGCAGAAGGAGUCAAGAUCAAGGGACAGCUGCCCAAGGUCCACAUGCCCAGCCUCAAGAUGCCCAAAGUGGACAUCACGGCCCCGCAGGUGGACAUCAAGGCGCCCCAGGUGGACAUCAAGGCGCCCAAACUGGACCUGAAGGGCCCCAAAGCCGAGGUGAGCGCCCCCGACGUGGAAGUGUCCCUGCCCAGCGUGGAGGUGGACACCCAGGUGCCCGGCGCCAAGCCGGAGGCCGACCUGUCCCUGGGAGACAAGGGGGUGGCCGCCAGAGACAGCAAGUUCAAAAUGCCAAAGUUCAAGAUGCCGUCCUUUGGCGCGUCGACGCCGAGCAAGUCCUUGGAGGCGUCCGUGGACGUGUCCGUGCCCAAGAUGCAGGCCGAAGUGUCCGUGCCCUCCAUAGAGGCCGACGUCAAGACCACGGAUGUGACCGUUGAGCUCCCACCUGCCGACCUAGAGCUCACAACCCCCGCGGCGGGCCUGAAGCUCCCUGAGGGCCAAGUGCCCGAGGGGGAGCCCCAGGAGCCCUCGGCCGCAGCCGGACUCAAGGGCCACCUGCCCAAGGUACAGAUGCCCAGCCUCAAGAUGCCCAAAGUGGACAUCAAGGCGCCCCAGGUGGACAUCAAGGCGCCCAAACUGGACCUGAAGGGCCCCAAAGCCGAGGUGAGCGCCCCCGACGUGGAAGUGUCCCUGCCCAGCGUGGAGGUGGACACCCAGGUGCCCGGCGCCAAGCUGGAGGCCGACCUGUCCCUGGGAGACAAGGGGGUGGCCGCCAGAGACAGCAAGUUCAAAAUGCCAAAGUUCAAGAUGCCGUCCUUUGGCGCGUCGACGCCGAGCAAGGAUUUGGGAACUUCCGUGGACGUGUCCGUGCCCAAGGUCGGAGUGGAGGCCACCCUGCCCUCCGUGGGAGGGGAGAUGCGAGCUCCCGAGGCUGCCGUCCAACUGCCCACUGCCGACGUGGACCUCCCUGGGGGAGAGCUGGAGGUGUCCCUGCCCGAGGGAGAGGUGUCUGUGUCCGGGCUCAAGGGCAAAGCAGAAGGAGUCAAGAUCAAGGGACAGCUGCCCAAGGUCCACAUGCCCAGCCUCAAGAUGCCCAAAGUGGACAUCACGGCCCCGCAGGUGGACAUCAAGGCGCCCCAGGUGGACAUCAAGGCGCCCAAACUGGACCUGAAGGGCCCCAAAGCCGAGGUGAGCGCCCCCGACGUGGAAGUGUCCCUGCCCAGCGUGGAGGUGGACACCCAGGUGCCCGGCGCCAAGCCGGAGGCCGACCUGUCCCUGGGAGACAAGGGGGUGGCCGCCAGAGACAGCAAGUUCAAAAUGCCAAAGUUCAAGAUGCCGUCCUUUGGCGCGUCGACGCCGAGCAAGUCCUUGGAGGCGUCCGUGGACGUGUCCGUGCCCAAGAUGCAGGCCGAAGUGUCCGUGCCCUCCAUAGAGGCCGACGUCAAGACCACGGAUGUGACCGUUGAGCUCCCACCUGCCGACCUAGAGCUCACAACCCCCGCGGCGGGCCUGAAGCUCCCUGAGGGCCAAGUGCCCGAGGGGGAGCCCCAGGAGCCCUCGGCCGCAGCCGGACUCAAGGGCCACCUGCCCAAGGUACAGAUGCCCAGCCUCAAGAUGCCCAAAGUGGACAUCAAGGCGCCCCAGGUGGACAUCAAGGCGCCCAAACUGGACCUGAAGGGCCCCAAAGCCGAGGUGAGCGCCCCCGACGUGGAAGUGUCCCUGCCCAGCGUGGAGGUGGACACCCAGGUGCCCGGCGCCAAGCUGGAGGCCGACCUGUCCCUGGGAGACAAGGGGGUGGCCGCCAGAGACAGCAAGUUCAAAAUGCCAAAGUUCAAGAUGCCGUCCUUUGGCGCGUCGACGCCGAGCAAGGAUUUGGGAACUUCCGUGGACGUGUCCGUGCCCAAGGUCGGAGUGGAGGCCACCCUGCCCUCCGUGGGAGGGGAGAUGCGAGCUCCCGAGGCUGCCGUCCAACUGCCCACUGCCGACGUGGACCUCCCUGGGGGAGAGCUGGAGGUGUCCCUGCCCGAGGGAGAGGUGUCUGUGUCCGGGCUCAAGGGCAAAGCAGAAGGAGUCAAGAUCAAGGGACAGCUGCCCAAGGUCCACAUGCCCAGCCUCAAGAUGCCCAAAGUGGACAUCACGGCCCCGCAGGUGGACAUCAAGGCGCCCCAGGUGGACAUCAAGGCGCCCAAACUGGACCUGAAGGGCCCCAAAGCCGAGGUGAGCGCCCCCGACGUGGAAGUGUCCCUGCCCAGCGUGGAGGUGGACACCCAGGUGCCCGGCGCCAAGCUGGAGGCCGACCUGUCCCUGGGAGACAAGGGGGUGGCCGCCAGAGACAGCAAGUUCAAAAUGCCAAAGUUCAAGAUGCCGUCCUUUGGCGCGUCGACGCCGAGCAAGUCCUUGGAGGCGUCCGUGGACGUGUCCGUGCCCAAGAUGCAGGCCGAAGUGUCCGUGCCCUCCAUAGAGGCCGACGUCAAGACCACGGAUGUGACCGUUGAGCUCCCACCUGCCGACCUAGAGCUCACAACCCCCGCGGCGGGCCUGAAGCUCCCUGAGGGCCAAGUGCCCGAGGGGGAGCCCCAGGAGCCCUCGGCCGCAGCCGGACUCAAGGGCCACCUGCCCAAGGUACAGAUGCCCAGCCUCAAGAUGCCCAAAGUGGACAUCAAGGCGCCCCAGGUGGACAUCAAGGCGCCCAAACUGGACCUGAAGGGCUCCAAAGCCGAGGUGAGCGCCCCCGACGUGGAAGUGUCCCUGCCCAGCGUGGAGGUGGACACCCAGGUGCCCGGCGCCAAGCUGGAGGCCGACCUGUCCCUGGGAGACAAGGGGGUGGCCGCCAGAGACAGCAAGUUCAAAAUGCCAAAGUUCAAGAUGCCGUCCUUUGGCGCGUCGACGCCGAGCAAGGAUUUGGGAACUUCCGUGGACGUGUCCGUGCCCAAGGUCGGAGUGGAGGCCACCCUGCCCUCCGUGGGAGGGGAGAUGCGAGCUCCCGAGGCUGCCGUCCAACUGCCCACUGCCGACGUGGACCUCCCUGGGGGAGAGCUGGAGGUGUCCCUGCCCGAGGGAGAGGUGUCUGUGUCCGGGCUCAAGGGCAAAGCAGAAGGAGUCAAGAUCAAGGGACAGCUGCCCAAGGUCCACAUGCCCAGCCUCAAGAUGCCCAAAGUGGACAUCACGGCCCCGCAGGUGGACAUCAAGGCGCCCCAGGUGGACAUCAAGGCGCCCAAACUGGACCUGAAGGGCCCCAAAGCCGAGGUGAGCGCCCCCGACGUGGAAGUGUCCCUGCCCAGCGUGGAGGUGGACACCCAGGUGCCCGGCGCCAAGCUGGAGGCCGACCUGUCCCUGGGAGACAAGGGGGUGGCCGCCAGAGACAGCAAGUUCAAAAUGCCAAAGUUCAAGAUGCCGUCCUUUGGCGCGUCGACGCCGAGCAAGUCCUUGGAGGCGUCCGUGGACGUGUCCGUGCCCAAGAUGCAGGCCGAAGUGUCCGUGCCCUCCAUAGAGGCCGACGUCAAGACCACGGAUGUGACCGUUGAGCUCCCACCUGCCGACCUAGAGCUCACAACCCCCGCGGCGGGCCUGAAGCUCCCUGAGGGCCAAGUGCCCGAGGGGGAGCCCCAGGAGCCCUCGGCCGCAGCUGGACUCAAGGGCCACCUGCCCAAGGUACAGAUGCCCAGCCUCAAGAUGCCCAAAGUGGACAUCAAGGCGCCCCAGGUGGACAUCAAGGCGCCCAAACUGGACCUGAAGGGCCCCAAAGCCGAGGUGAGCGCCCCCGACGUGGAAGUGUCCCUGCCCAGCGUGGAGGUGGACACCCAGGUGCCCGGCGCCAAGCUGGAGGCCGACCUGUCCCUGGGAGACAAGGGGGUGGCCGCCAGAGACAGCAAGUUCAAAAUGCCAAAGUUCAAGAUGCCGUCCUUUGGCGCGUCGACGCCGAGCAAGGAUUUGGGAACUUCCGUGGACGUGUCCGUGCCCAAGGUCGGAUUGGAGGCCACCCUGCCCUCCGUGGGAGGGGAGAUGCGAGCUCCCGAGGCUGCCGUCCAACUGCCCACUGCCGACGUGGACCUCCCUGGGGGAGAGCUGGAGGUGUCCCUGCCCGAGGGAGAGGUGUCUGUGUCCGGGCUCAAGGGCAAAGCAGAAGGAGUCAAGAUCAAGGGACAGCUGCCCAAGGUCCACAUGCCCAGCCUCAAGAUGCCCAAAGUGGACAUCACGGCCCCGCAGGUGGACAUCAAGGCGCCCCAGGUGGACAUCAAGGCGCCCAAACUGGACCUGAAGGGCCCCAAAGCCGAGGUGAGCGCCCCCGACGUGGAAGUGUCCCUGCCCAGCGUGGAGGUGGACACCCAGGUGCCCGGCGCCAAGCUGGAGGCCGACCUGUCCCUGGGAGACAAGGGGGUGGCCGCCAGAGACAGCAAGUUCAAAAUGCCAAAGUUCAAGAUGCCGUCCUUUGGCGCGUCGACGCCGAGCAAGUCCUUGGAGGCGUCCGUGGACGUGUCCGUGCCCAAGAUGCAGGCCGAAGUGUCCGUGCCCUCCAUAGAGGCCGACGUCAAGACCACGGAUGUGACCGUUGAGCUCCCACCUGCCGACCUAGAGCUCACAACCCCCGCGGCGGGCCUGAAGCUCCCUGAGGGCCAAGUGCCCGAGGGGGAGCCCCAGGAGCCCUCGGCCGCAGCCGGACUCAAGGGCCACCUGCCCAAGGUACAGAUGCCCAGCCUCAAGAUGCCCAAAGUGGACAUCAAGGCGCCCCAGGUGGACAUCAAGGCGCCCAAACUGGACCUGAAGGGCCCCAAAGCCGAGGUGAGCGCCCCCGACGUGGAAGUGUCCCUGCCCAGCGUGGAGGUGGACACCCAGGUGCCCGGCGUCAAGCUGGAGGCCGACCUGUCCCUGGGAGACAAGGGAAUCUCCUUCAGUCAUCGUGAUCAGUCCCGUUUCCACGUGGAAAGUGAUAUUUCUUCGUCAGUUGGGAAAAGUGAGGAAAAAAGUAAAAGCAAAAAAUUGCUUUUUAAAAUGCCCAAAGUCUUCUCUCCAACUGGUAAAACAGCUAAAAGCUCCAUAACCUCUUCCCGGGUAUCUGAGGUCGAGACCUCGAGCCCUGAUCCCUGUGAUGGCGUCACUCUUACAAAGUUCCAGGUCACUGUCCCCAGAGGCCCCAUCUCCCCCGAGCUGCCUUGUGAAACCCCGUCUGUGUCCCAAGCGGCAUCUGAGCCUCCCAGCGCGGCCGGUGAUGUUGACCUCACCUCCAGUGAGAGCCUUCUCCUGUCCCAGUCUGAAGGUCCCACAGCCCCAGUGGACACUGCACUUACUGAAUCUUUAGGCCGGGUAACUUUCCCGAAGUUUCAUCGACCGAAGUUCCGGGUGUCACUCCCCAAAUCGGACCCUGGAGGAGUGGAGCCUGGAGGUGCAGAGUUUGCAUCCCCCACGUCUCCUCCCUUCCCUGUGCAGGGGCCAGACUCCUCCUCCAUGGAAGCCACGGCGUUCCCAAUGCCAGGCAGCCAAUUGCCACCUGCAGUUUUCUCUGUCGCCACCACGGGCACCUCAGUAGAGCCCCUCGUGGAAGCCCCAGGUGACAGUACAGAGUGCAAGGGGAGAGGCAGUCCCAUAAAAGCAGCAAGGCUGAAGCUCCCCUCUUUCAGCUGGUCCCCAAAGAAGGGGGCGGAGUCCAAAGCGGACCCUGGCAUCAGCGUGGUUAUAGAUGCAGGUGCUCUGGGUGACCCGCCUGGGGUUCGUGUUCCACCCACAGAAGCCCAUGGGGAUGUGGCUCUUGGGAAGGAGGGAGAGGCGGGAGGGGUGAGAACGCAUGCCCUGGUCCUGCAGACGGUCGCCCCUCCUGGAGUGAAGGCUUCCACGGGAGGGGCCGGCCCGCUACCGGGAGACCCCGACCAGGCCCACACGGCCAGCGGGGAGGUUGGAAUUGGGGGUGCUGGCGGCGCCGCGGGUCCCCCGGAAGGGGCGGAUGUGAACCUCCACCUGCCACCGGCCCGUGUUCCCAGUUCUGACCUCAGACCCGGCGAUGCCACAGUGGAGGGGAGCCUGUCUACGGGUGACCUUCCUGUUUCCAAACACGGCCUGUCUUUUGGAGGCAGCGCCAAGGAAGCCGGGCUCGGGGACAGCUCAACAAGCCAGCUUUGUGGGGAGGGGACGGCCCCCUCAGCAGAAGACCCACUUCUGCUAUCCCCGACGGUGGGGAGCCCGGAGCGGGCUGCGGCCGCGGGAGGGGCGCCGGCGGGGUCCAGGGAGAGCUGGUUUAGGAUGCCCUCGCUCCGCCUGCCCGGCUUCAGACGCCCCUCCAAGGAGAGAGCCGGGUCUGCGGGGCCGGGGGCCCAGAGCCCCACAUCUGCUGCCAGCGCUCCAGGGGAAGGAGAGGCACCGGCUGCAGUGCAGGGUCAGGACGUCCGUGUGUCCGGGUCAGAGGUGGACGCCCCUAAGUCCCCGCAGCCACUGGAGGCUGGUGCAGACGGGGCAGCUGCUGGCAGCCUGGCUCCCUCCUACUCGGAUGUUCUACAGAGGCACCUGGACCUUCACGCCCCUGCGGCAGGGGUAUUGGCCUCCGAGGCCAGGGUCCGGCCCGGCGCAGGCUCCCUGCCCCUCCAGGUGCACGGGGCACCCGCAGAGCCCUGCGCCCCUCGGGGAGAUGCAGGCCGGCCCCCUGUUCCUGGGCCAACGGGCCAGGGCACGGUCAGGGGGGCGGGGGGUGCCGAGGAGCCGCCUUCCCAGCCGGAGGGCCCCCUCAGACUGAGGGCUUCCAGCACCGAUCUGCUGUCCCAGGUCUCCGUGGUCAACGUGGGUCAAGUCUGGGAAGACUCUGUGCUGAGCGUGCAGUUCCCCACCUUAACCGUGCCGAGGUUCAGCUUCCCGGCCCCCGGCUCGGAGGCGGAUGUUUUCGUGCCCAGCCUCAGAGAGCUGCCCUGCCCGCAGAGCGGGCCUGACACGGCCCUGCACGAGCAAGGCCCUGGUGUGCCGGCCGCCGGCAUCCCGACAGCCGCCGAGGCCCGAGGCCCCUCGGAGGCCGCCCCCAUCUGCAAGGUCCGGGUGCACAUCCAGGGCGCGGAGGCCGAGAGCCGCCAGGUCACCGUGCACAGCACAGUGACGGCCGUGUACACUGAGCUCUCAGGGCCCGAGGCUUUUCCCACCCAGAUCGUGCGGGAGUCAGAGGUUCCCAUGUCUGAGACCCAAACACCCUCUUAUGGGUUCUCCUUGCUGAAGGGGAGGGUCCCAGAGGCCCCGGCUCGGGCGCGGGUGCACGUGGUGACCGCUGACUCUGGGCCGAGGGGGCGCCUUCCGGAGGCCCCUGAACCAGUGGUCCCGGGAGCUGACCCCGUCUCUGGAGACCUCCAGCCCGACACCGGAGAGCCGUUUGAAAUCAUCUCCACCAGUGUAGACCUGUCGGGACCCCCAGAGUGCUCAUCCGACCUUCACUCUGGCCUCAGCCCCGCUGACAGCUGUUCCGACGAGGAGCCUGCGGAAAUUCUGGAAUUCCCAUCUGAGGAGGGCCAGGAGGCGGCCGCCGGCCUGGGAGGGGAGGGCGGGGCUCCCAGAGCAAGGCCGGAAGGUAAACGGGCCUCGGGUCUGUUCCGAUUCUGGCUCCCGAGCGUCGGCUUCUCUUCCUCCGUGGCCGAGGCGAGCCCCGAUGCCCUCGCGGAAGCCCCGAGCGCGGCCCCGGUGCAGACCCAGCCCGCGGCGCGGCUGCCACCCUCCCAGGAGAAGGGGGGCUGGUUCCGAUUCCCCAAAUUGGGGUUCUCCUCCUCCCCUGCCAAGAAAAGCAAAAGUGCAGAAGAAGAGGCGAGUCCGACCGAGCAAACUCCCCAAGACGAGGCGGGUACCUUCUACGACGCCCGAGAAAGCUUCUCUCCCGAAGAGCGGGGCGCCGGGGAGCAGGCCCAGGGGAGCAUGGUGGCCUCGGCGGCGAGAACCGAGCUCAUCCUGCUGGAGCCCGACGGGGCCGCCCGCCAGCCGUCCGCGCCCAGGCCCGCCAGCAAGUGAGCACCGGCCGGCAGAGUCCUCCGGGGAGGCCCCGCUGCUCGCAGUCCCGACCCCGCGUCCACCCCGCUCCCGGAGUAGACCCCACGCCAACCACCGGACCCCUCCCACGUGGGGCCGGGGGCGGGGGCCGUGCCGGCUGCUGGGGUGCUGUCUCCGUUACCCACGCUUCCAGAGACCCACCCCUGCAGAGCCCCUCGACGGAGGCUUGCUAACGUCCGCGGGUGUAGACGUUGGGUUGCUAAAGUCUGGCGCAUCCCAGUGCCCGUGCAGCCCCGCGCGUGGCCCCCAAGCCCCCACCCCCCCGCAGUGUACACGCUGCAGCCAGGCUGCGGGCAGAGCCUCCUCAGCUGUCCCCUGGACGGGCAAUAAAGGACAAGAUGCCUCCCA